GACGUCCUCUUUUUAAACCAAACAAACCAAAGAAGAGAAGAUCCAAUCCCCAUAAACAUGGCCAAUUCCAAAAGAUUGUUUGGCGUUGUACGAAGGAAACUUCUCCGGCGAUCUCAAAGCAGAAUCACAAUCAUUCGGUCAUCAGCACCAGAAACAACUCAAGAAGACAUUUCCGCCGUUAAAAUCCAAUCUUUCUUCAGAGGUCACCUGGCAAGAAGAGCGUUUAAAGCAUUGAAGAGUCUGGUGAAGUUACAGGCGGUGGCGAGAGGAGUGCUUGUGAGGAGACAAGCUCGAAUUGCUUUACAUUGUAUGCAUGCUCUUGCUCGCUUGCAGGUUAGGGUUCGUGCUCGUCAGCUUCUCUCUCAUUAACAACUCUGCUUUUUCCCCUGUUUUUGAAAACAAAUAAAAACUCUUGUGAUUGUGACAUUUACAUUACUUCACCGGUUUUGUGAUUUUGUUGUAUAUGUAUGUACUAGAGCUAACUCUCUAACACCCUGCAUUUGUACUAAUAAACAAGAUCAGUUUAG